AUGGCUUUGAAACACAUACUUAAUUGAGCUCCUAGAAGGCAAGCCCUGCUGACCUCUUCACCAGAGUGACUUAUGGAAGUAGCUGUUGUUGAAGAACUAGAGCUGGGUCGUCAAUGGAAGAACAGUCUAUGGUGUUCUGGUCUGCUAGUUGACGGCUGAAGAUCAUUUAGGGAGUGUGGGGGCUAGGAGUAAAGGUCUGUGGGCUGGUGGGUGCAGCUGCCCUCUAGGGUCAGUGUGGAAAUGUACUGACCUUUUGUUAACAAUCUUUGAGAAUGCUACUGGCAUUUAUUCAGCUUGAGUGGAAUGCCAGAUAUCCUAAAGGGUAUAAAACCUCCUUUACUAUGAACAGUUCUCAAGACAUUAUGUUCAUGCAUAUGAACAUCCUGUUUCAUCUAAGCCUGGAGUUGCCUGCUUUUGAAAAUGGCCUCGCUAAGUCCAGGCUGAUGUAGAACUUACUAUCCACUAACAUCUGCCUUCAGAGUGAUGGGAUACAGACAUGUGCCACCACCCCCAGCCAAUCAUGUUAUUUUUUAAAGUGCAAACAUGAAACAUUUUUGUGCAUUUUGAAAAAAAAAAAAAAAAAACCUGAGGCCUUAACCCUACACAAAGGCAACUAAGGAAUGCUGAGAGUGGGAAUAAUAAUAGUUUUCCCCAGAGAAUAGCAUACCAACUGGUUAUCCAACAGCCAAUGCUCGGCUCUGAAGACAUAUGAAUUACCAUAUAGAUUGGCAGGCUAUAUUUAGGAAUAUCUAAGAACAAAGAAAAGGGACCGUGAAUUGGAAAGAUGAUAUGGAGGGGCAUAUGAGAGGGUGUCAAGGGAAGGGAGAAAUAAUGUAAUAUUCUCAAAAAUAAAAAAUUGAACUCAAUUUCCUGGGAAUUAUACUACCAUGUAAAGUAAAUGUAUACUUCAUUCAAUGUUUUAACAAAAAUUUGCUCACUGCUUUAGAACACUAGGGUCACCAGUGUCAGUACUGUUUAUAAAGACGCCUGAAUUACCAGUAAAGCAUCAUUAUCAGCUGACAGUGUAGCUGCCACAUCCACAGUGAUCCUGUUCAUGGGUGUGGGCCGCAGACUGUUGCAUUGUCUUCUGGUUUACUUGUGCCCAAGCUUUCACAUUUUAAAACACAGGUUACUAGGACUAUUGCUUCACAGUGAACGCAUUAUACGUAAUGGUCAUUGUCAUACAGGAGGUGGGCAUUUUAUGCAGGAGUUUUGUUUUGAACAUGUCUUGUUUGGUUGAGGAAUGUGUACGUACGUAACCGAGACGAUGCUGAAUGCUGAUGAAGUUCGCAAUAUUUCUUGAGGCUAUUUUGAUAGGUCUCCCCUCAACAGGGAUUUCCAGAGCCUGGUCUGUAAGCAGGGGAUGUGGAUGAAAAUUCUUGAGGGAGGGAGGGAAGGAGGGGUCCAGAACUCAGCUGCUAGGUUAAUGGCUGAUGGAAUUUGCACAAGAGCUGGGCAAAGGUGAAAGAGCCGUGUCCUACUCCCAAACCCUCAUCCCUUCUCUCUGCUUCAUUAACACCCCCACCCCCUCCCUACUGCAGCCAGCUCACUCCACCCUCACCUCUUACUCUACUCAACUACGGCAGCCAAGACACAAUCAAGUCAGGACAGCAUGAGCCGAUCACCUCUCCAUCCUGUUCCUCUCCUAUCUGUGGGCUCCCAGGAUGCCCCUGUUCCCCUGCCACCAUUGCUGCCCCCUCUCCAGAAUCCCUCCUCCCACUCUUGGGCUUCUCGGUGUGGGCCUUCUACCUGGGGUCUCAGCUGUCUUCUGGCUCUACAGCACUUCCUGGUCCUGGCAUCUCUGCUCUGUGCCUCCCAUGUAUUGCUGCUUCACAGUCUUCCCCCAGGAGGCCUCUCAUAUUCACCUGCUCAGCUCCUGGCUUCCAGUUUCUUCUCGUGUGGUGUGUCUACGGUCCUGCAAACUUGGAUGGGCAGCAGGCUGCCUCUAAUCCAGGCUCCAUCCUUAGAGUUUCUUAUCCCCGCACUGGUGCUAACAAGCCAGAAGCUUCCUCUGACCACCAAGACACCUGGAAACGCCUCCCUCUCACUGCGCCUGUGUAAUGUGACAAGCUGCCAUGGCCUGGAGCUCUGGAACACUUCUCUCCGAGAGGUGUCGGGGGCAGUGGUGGUAUCCGGGCUGCUGCAGGGCACAAUAGGACUUCUAGGGGUGCCUGGCCGUGUAUUCCCCUACUGUGGGCCACUGGUGCUGGCCCCCAGCCUGGUUGUAGCAGGGCUCUCUGCGCACAAGGAGGUGGCCCAGUUCUGUUCCGCACACUGGGGCCUGGCCUUGCUGCUCAUCCUGCUCAUGGUGGUCUGUUCUCAGCACUUGGGUUCCUGCCAGGUACCCCUCUGCUCCUGGAGGCCAGCUUCAACCUCAACUCACAUUCGUAUUCCUGUCUUCCGACUUCUUUCGGUGCUUGCCCCCGUGGCCUGUGUGUGGAUCAUCUCUGUCUCUCUGGGUCUGAGUGUUAAUCCCCUGCAGCUAUCCGACCCCACUGAGGCACCAUGGUUCUGGCUGCCUCACCCAGGUGAGUGGGAUUGGCCCUUGCUGACACCCAGGGCCCUGGCUGCAGGCAUCUCCAUGGCUUUGGCAACCUCCACCAGCUCCUUGGGUUGCUAUGCCCUUUGUGGACAGCUCCUGCAUUUGUCUCCACCACCACCACAUGCCUGCAGUCGAGGGCUGAGCCUGGAGGGGCUGGGCAGUGUGUUGGCAGGGCUGCUGGGGAGUCCCCUGGGCACUGCAUCCAGCUUCCCUAACGUAGGCACAGUGAGUCUUUUCCAGACUGGCUCACGGCGAGUAGCCCACCUAGUGGGGCUGUUCUGCAUGGGGCUUGGGCUCUCCCCAAGGCUGGCUCAGCUACUUACCAACAUCCCACUGCCUGUGCUCGGUGGGGUACUGGGAGUGACCCAGGCUGUAGUUCUGUCUGCUGGAUUCUCCAGCUUCCACUUGGCUGACAUUGACUCUGGGCGAAAUGUCUUCAUUGUGGGCUUCUCCAUCUUCAUGGCCUUGCUUCUGCCAAGGUGGCUCCGGGAAGCCCCAAUCCUGCUCAACACAGGCUGGAGUCCUUUGGAUAUGUUCCUGCGUUCUUUACUGGCAGAGCCCAUUUUCCUAGCUGGUCUUUUGGGCUUUCUCCUGGAAAACACCAUAUCUGGUACACGGACUGAACGAGGCCUAGGUCAGGGGCUGCCAACUUCUUUCACUGCCCAAGAAACUCAAAUGUUUCAAAAGUCCAGGGAGAAGGCUGCUCAAGAGUAUGGGCUUCCUUCACCCGUCAAAAACCUGUGUUCCUGCAUCCCGCAGCCUCUCCAUUGCCUCUGCCCAAUGCCUGAAGACUCUGGCGAUGAAGGAGGGCCCUCUAGAACAGGAGAGACAGCUGAUUUGUUGCCUAAUUCUGGGGAGUCAUGCCCCACGGCAAGCAGAGAUGGAUUUAGGUUCCAGUAAUUACCAAAACCACUAUUUUUGUCUUUAUUAGUUUAGCAGUAAUUCUCAGCCUGCUGGAGUCUCACCUCCAAGGCUGUACUUUCUCUCAGCGAGAAGGUGUGUGUGGCCCACUAGUAGAAUGGGCUGCCUUUCCUCUUCAUGGUUUAAUGUUCAGGAGUAGGGGCCAUGGUUUAGUGGGUGAUAAGUAAAUAAACGGGAUUUUUGCCUGUGAACUGCUAA